CUUCACCACUGUCUAAUUAGAAUAUCAAGACGAUGUUGCUGUAUUUGCUAUUUCCAUUGUUGUUUAGUGUAUUAGGAGUGUCGUGCGGCGAAAACAAUCUACAAUCCGACGUACAGACAAAGAUGGGUUUGUUGAAGUCCUUAAUUUACAACAACACCAAGGCCACGGUGACCUUGGAUUCAUCAGCCCUAAAACAACUGAUUCAACUGCUGUCAGAGUCUUCAAAUCAUUCUCGAAGAAUCAGUUUUUCCGUUUAUGUUAAAUCAAAUGUUCUGACGCUUGGCUCUGGUCAAACAGUAAAGUAUGAUACAAUCCUAACAAAUGAUGGAAACGGAUAUGACGACAGAACGGGGGUAUUCACGUGUCCAGUGGCGGGAACCUACAUGUUUGUUGUCGAUUCAUUAUCCAAACCUGGGAUCUGGUUGUUCCUGAAAGUCAACAACAAUGCGGUAGGCAAACUACACGUGUCUGUUGCACAUAAAGAUAAACCAUUUGUCCAAAUAAGCAGGACAGUCAUCGUGAGACUGAAAUCCGGGGACCAUGUCAGAGUUGAAAAUUAUUCAAACAACGGUAUAAUACACGACGGACAUUACUCAGGAUUCACAGGAGUCCGCUUGUAUUGACCAUGGAUUGUAUAAAUCUUUUUAAGUCGAAUAAAAAUUUCAAAAACUUUCU